CAUGCUCGACAUAGCCUCUGUAUAUAUUUUGGCCCUUUCUACCUCCUCUUUCGCAGAAUUCUAUUGGCUCUGUUCUUAGAUCCUCUGUUUUAUAUCUUUCUUGCAAACUCUCACCCAUUCUUUAUCCAACACUACUGCUGUUAUCUUUCUGCUCAUCAAAUCCAUCCCUUUUAAUUGAAUCUGGUUAACAUGAUUUCAAGGCGUGCAUGCUUUCGCAAUCUGCUUCAAUCUCUUCGAACCAGUUAUUCUUCGUCCAAGAUAGGAGAUUACCAUAGAUUUGCAUCUCAGGCUUCCUCUUCUCUGCAACAAGUAUUCCAACCAUCUACUUACAGCGAUGAUGAAUACUCAGAAGUCGACUGGGAUAAUCUUGGCUUUUGCAUGAUGCGUACUGAUUACAUGUACAUGACGAAAUGCACUAAAGGAGAGUGUUUUGAACAAGGACAGCUUAGUCGAUAUGGAAACAUUGAGCUGAGCCCUGCUGCUGGAGUUCUAAAUUAUGGGCAGGGACUGUUUGAAGGCACAAAAGCAUACAGGAGUGAAGAGGGACGCCUUCUUCUCUUCCGUCCAGAACAGAAUGCAAUUCGCAUGAAAAUGGGGGCUGAAAGAAUGUGCAUGCCAUCACCCUCCAUUGAUCAAUUUGUAGAUGCUGUGAAGCAAACUGCCAUAGCCAACAAGCGUUGGGUUCCUCCUGCGGGGAAAGGGUCUCUAUAUUUGAGGCCUCUGCUCAUGGGAAGUGGUGAAAUAUUGGGUUUGGGUGCAGCACCCGAAUACAUAUUCCUUAUUUAUGUUUCCCCUGUUGGAAACUAUUUCAAGGAGGGUUUUGCACCCUUGAACUUGUAUGUUGAGGAAGAGUUUGAUCGCGCCUCUUGCGGUGGAACUGGAGGGAUCAAAUCAAUCACCAACUAUGGCCCAGGUCUGAAAGCAUUGACUAGAGCAAAAAGCAGAGGAUUUUCUGAUGUCGUAUACCUGGACUCUGUGAAUAAGAGGUUCAUUGAGGAGGUGUCAUCUUGUAACAUUUUCAUUCUUAAGGGCAAUGUUAUUUCUACUCCUGCAGCAAAUGGGACCAUUCUUGAAGGAGUUACCCGCAAAAGCAUCAUUGACAUUGCCCGUGGGCAUGGUUACCAGGUUGAGGAGCGUGUUAUUUCCCUUAUUGAACUGAUUGAUGCUGAUGAAAUUUUCUGCACUGGAACUGCUGUUGGCGUUGCUCCUGUAGGGAGCGUUACAUACAAGGGUCAAAGGAUUCUGUAUAAAACAGGCCCUCACACUGUGUCACAGGAACUUCACUCAACCCUUGAAGGGAUAAAAAGGGGUCUGAUUAAAGAUAACAAAGGCUGGAUCGUAGAGAUUGAUUAGAUUGAAAAAGCUCUGUACCCACCACCUCAUGGACCAAAUAUCAAAUUGUGUAAAAAAGUGUUAUUCUCCUGAACAUAAUAUGAUCAUUUCAGUGACAAAUUCACAAAUCUAAGCAUCCAAAAAUGAAAUUAUAUCUCCUCCAAAAAAGGAUAAAUACACAUUAUGUAUUUGUUGUGGUUUGCAAA